UAAACACUAAUAGAAAAUAUAAUAUAUUGUUUGAAUUUUGACUAGUAUUGCGUAAAAAUAGUAGUACUUGAUUUUAUCUAAAAUUCGUGUUUCUGAAAAAAAGUGAUUUAUCCAAUUUGGUAACGGAAUAUUGAUUCUGUAAAUCUUGACCAGUAUCGCUACCAAGACCAGACUUGCCCCACACACACUAUAAAUGUAUGGAAUACAUAUGGCUAAAUACUAUCGCAAACUUUGAAACUCUAAACCAACACGUGAAGAUGAAGAACGUUUCUCUCAAGCUUCCACUCUUGAUUUUCAUUUUGGUCAUCACAUCUAAUUUUGGAGCGGAAGCAAGAGAGUUAACUGAAGUUGAAGUUAUGGCCGGAAGUUCAAGUGACGCUACCAUAGCCAAUACUCUGGAUCCAGCACAUCCACCUUGCCAGAGGGACAUCGAUUGUACCUUGAAAUGUCCCAAGGGAGGAUUCUGCAACGAUCCCCUUGGAUUAUGUGAUUGUUCGUGA